AUGGUCGUUGGCUUAGUCCUAGAAGUCUUGAACUCUUCUAUUUUUCACCUUUUUCUCGUAGCUUGCCUCCUGGUGCUCAUAUACGAUUGGACCUUUAGUUCAAAACUCUACCCCGGUUUCCCCGCAGUCGGCAUCGAUCCACGAAAAGGGUUCCUCAGGGGCUUCGAAAAGGCCCGCGAUGACUGGUACCUACAUGGGAAGGAGAUCCUCGACCGAGGGCUGAAGACAUGCGUAGGCUGUUUCCAGGUCGUCACAGAUGCUGGGCCCAAGAUUAUUAUGCCAAACCGGUUCGCAGACGAAAUCCGGAAUCAUCCUGACCUAAAUUUCUGCAAGGCUAUAUCGAAGGAGUUUUUCGGUUCGUAUCCUGGGUUCAAGCCGUUUGCCGACGGCAUAGAGUCUCAGAUUGUCCUUGAGGUUGUUCGCGGGAGGCUAACGCAGUCCUUGAAUCUUAUUACGGAAGAGCUGGCGGACGAGACAUCACAGGCCGUGAAGGAGCUCUUUGGCAAGCCAGACAGGUGGACUGAGAUCACGUACAAGCCAAUGCUAUUACAGCUUGUUGCACGUGUGUCUGCUCGAGUGUUCGUUGGACCGGAGCUGUGUACCAAUGAAGACUGGCUGCACAUUACGAAAGAAUAUACCAUUGAGGCAUUCAUUGCGGGACGAGCACUACGAACAUGGAACCCUCUCCUCCGUCCAGUUGUGCAUUGGUUUCUCCCGGAAUGCCGCACGCUUCGUUGGAGACAGGCUGAAGCCAGGAGAAUUGCCAUGCCCAUCAUUGAAGAACGGCGCAAGGCUAAUCGUCUGGCCAAGGAAGAGGGUCAACCCACAUUGAAAACGGCUGACACAAUUGGUUGGAUGGAUGAGGCGGCUAGAGGCCGACAGUAUGACGUUGUAAAUGCCCAGCUCAGCCUCUCCUUCGCGGCGAUCCAUACGACGAGUGAGAUGGUAACAGGGCUUAUGAGCGACCUGUGUGCCAACCCGGAGAACUUUGAGUCAUUACGCGAGGAGAUCACCUCAGUCCUGGGGGGGAAGGGUUGGACUAAGCAGGCACUACAUAACUUGAAGUUAAUGGACAGCGUAAUGAAGGAAUCGCAGCGACACCACUUUGGCGAUAUCGCCGCAAUGUAUCGCAUAGCUGAAAAAGCACUCUCACUAUCGGAUGGCACCCGGAUUCCAGAAGGCGCCUUCACGAUGGUCGGAAUCGACAGAAUGCACGACUUGGAAGUCUUCAAUGACCCGCAUUCAUUUAACGGAAGUCGGUUCCUGGAUAUGCGCCAACAACCAGGAGAUGAGAACCGUUGGCAGUUCGUCACCACCUCACCGGAGCACCUUGCCUUUGGGCAUGGCAAGCACGCUUGUCCUGGGCGAUUCUUUGCCAGUAAUGAGAUCAAGACUGUGCUAAUCUACCUGUUGAUGGAGUACGAUUGGAAGUUCACAUAUGAGGGCCCUAGCGAGGACCUCCAGUAUGGACAGGAAUUGAGCACUGAUCCGAACGCUAGGGUGAUGAUCCGGAAACGGGAGGUGCCUAUUACUUUGCAGUUAUAG